AUGUGCUUCGUGCUGCAAUCGCCUGUCAUUCUGGUGGCGCCGGCGCAGGCGCCGGCGCGGAGAGCCUGGCUGCUGAACCGGGCGCAGCAGCUACUGGAGCAGGCGCGCGAGAUGCUGCCCCGCCUCGAGCCCUGGCUGCCUGCCCUGGAGAUGGACACAGCGCGGCGGGAGGUGCAGGAGGGGGAGGAGGCGCUGGCAGAUGCGCACCGCGGAGUCUUCCCUUCAGAGCAGGGCGAGGGGCCGUGGUCUGCCGCUUGGACAGCGGCCCCCACGUGUGCGCAGUGCGACCAGACUGCUUUGCACCUGAGCAAGUGCAGCGGAUGCCGCGCCGUGGCCUACUGCAGCCGCGCCUGCCAGGUGAAGCACUGGAAGGAGGGAGGGCACAAGAAGGAGUGCAAGCGGCUGGCGGCGGAGCAGAGCAGCCAGUAA